AUGCGUUCACACGCAAUAUGCAUAGCAGCUUGUCUGCUUCAAUUUUCUCCUGCUGCCGUUGCCAAACCCCUCGGUACCACCCAAUCGAGCCUGCAAGUGCCAUUGGAGGACCUGGAUACUACACACCAUCAGCAUGUUGCCUCCAAACGUCUGCAUGGUAGAUUCUUGCACAUUACAGAUUUACAUCAAGAUCCUCACUACAAAGUAUUCUCUUCCACCGACGAAGAUGAUGCCUGCCAUAGAGGCAAAGGAACUGCUGGAACAUAUGGCGCAGAGACCUCGGAUUGCGAUACACCUCCUACCCUUAUAGAUGCGACUUUUAAAUGGAUAAAGGAAAAUGUGAGGGAUAACGUGGAUUUUGUUGUAUGGACAGGGGACAGUGCACGACAUGAUAGCGACGAAAAGAUUCCUAGAGUUCAAGAUGAGGUCCUCGAUACGAAUAGAAAGAUCGCGGAUAAAUUCCUAGAGACGUUUGGCGAUGGGCACGAUUUAUCGAUUCCGGUUAUAUCAACAUUUGGCAACAACGAUAUCCUUCCACAUAACAUUUUACUUUCGGGUCCGAAUAAAUGGUUGAAGACGUAUACAGAUAUAUGGGAUAAAUUCAUACCAGAAGAACAGAGACACGGGUUUGAACGGGGAGGAUGGUAUUAUGUCGAGGUUAUUCCUAAGAAAUUGGCCGUCUUCAGUCUUAAUACUCUAUACUUUUUUAGCCACAAUGCCGCUGUGGAUGGUUGCGCAUUGCGCUCAGAACCCGGAUACGAACAUAUGGAAUGGCUUCGAAUUCAACUACAAUUUAUGCGCGACCGCGGGAUGAAAGUUAUCCUCACUGGGCAUGUACCACCUGCUCGAACAGACAGCAAAUCACUUUGGGACGAAACUUGUUGGCAAAAAUAUACCUUGUGGCUCCAACAGUAUCGGGAUAUUAUUAUCGGAGGUUUAUUUGGGCACAUGAACAUUGAUCAUUUCAUGAUACACGACACUAAAGAUAUUGAUCUCUUAUUAUUUGAGGGCAAAUCUGUUGCGCCUCCUCGCGCGCUAAUGGAAGAUGAGUUUACAAUUUCAUCUGCUGGAGAUUACUUGGGCGAUCUUCGAGAAGAUUGGUCUGGAUUACCUAAUCCAAAACACCUACCGAUUGUCAUGGACACUGACGAGGAAGAACUGGACUACUCAGAACCAAACAAAGAUCCCAAGAAAAAUAAAAAGAGUAAGAAAGACAAGAAGAGAGACAAAAAGAAGAAAGAGCUCAAGAAGUUUGGAGGCCCAUGGGGUGAAAGAUUUGUGGUAACACACGUUGGACCGAGUAUUGUGCCCAAUUAUUUUCCUACUCUUCGGAUCAUCGAGUACAAUAUCACAGGGUUGGACGAUGUGCCGAGGUGGUCCAAUUCAGUUGUGAAUAAUGUCGAGCAAAUUGAUUGGCUUGAUCAAGAAGAAGAAGAUCUAUUCAACGUCGAUGCCGGUGAAGAUUCGAAUUACGCAGACAAUCGCGAUGUUUCUACCGAGAAAAAGAAGAAGCACCAGAAAGACAAGAAGAAGUUCAAAAACCCGACGCCGUCCAACCCAGGAUUCAUAAUUCCGUCCCCUCCUUCAAAAGAUGCGCCUCCGGGACCGGCAUAUUCUCCUCAAAGUCUAACGUUACUUGGGUAUACUCAAUAUUUUGCUAAUUUGACCUACAUCAACAAUCUUGAAUUGAAAUCAGAGGGUUCUAACGAUGAGAUUGACGUGGACAAAUGGCGUAAGGGUAAACAUGGCGGAAAGGUUCCAAAGGACGAUGACCCAAACCCACACGCCUUUCAUUAUCAAGUCGAGUAUGACACUUUCACGGAUCCAAUUUAUAAGUUGAAAGAUAUGACAGUCAAAAACUAUCUCAAGCUGGCUCAUAGGAUUGGCAAGUAUAAGCCACAAAAGGGGGAUCGUGUUAAGGAUGGAGAGAUUCUGGAAGAAUCAAAUGUCUACAAAGAUGAUGAGGGCAGUGAGAACGAUGACAAGAAACAAAUUUCUAUCUCGGAGAACGAAACCAUUGAAGAUACCGAGGAUCAUGAUAUCGAUGCAGAAAAGAAGAAGAAAAAGAAGCACCAUCGCAAAGAGAAGAAUAGAGUUUGGCUCAGCUUCGUUCAGCGUGCUUUUGUCGGUACAAUAGAUGAGGACGAUAUCAAAUCCUUUGAUGAUGGGUUGGAGGAGCAUGUUCAAGAACCGCUGGUUCCUGUUCCAGAAAAUGGAGAAGGGCAUAGUUUGGAAUUGUAA